CUGACUCAACAGCUUCUGGGGAUUUGGGUUUUGCAAUGGAACAGGUAUGGUUACUGCUCCUGCUGACGAUUAAAGUGCUUUCGGUGACUGCUCAGUUCAACGGCUACAACUGUGAUGCUAACCUCCAUAGCAGGUUUCCUGCUGAACGUGAUAUCAAUGUUUUCUGUGGAGUACAGACGAUUACUAUGAAGAUAAAUUUUUGCACAGUUCUAUUCUCUGGUUAUUCUGAAACAGAUCUGGCACUGAAUGGGAAGCAUGGGGAUGCUCACUGCAGGGGGUUCAUCAAUAACAACACCUUUCCAGCAGUGGUCAUUUUCAUCAUCAAUCUGAGUACCUUGGAAUCCUGUGGAAACACUUUAGUGGUGUCCUCAGCUCGAGGUGUCAAUGCUUAUGGGAAUAUCUCAGUGGUACAGAUAGGUAAUGUUUCGGGCUAUAUAGAUACACCAGACCCACCAACUAUUAUCAGCUAUUUACCUGGGCUUCUGUACAAAUUUAGCUGUAGCUAUCCUCUGGAGUACCUGGUUAACAAUACCCAGCUUGCUUCGUCAUCGGCUGCUAUUUCUGUAAGGGAGAACAAUGGUACAUUUAUCAGCACUUUGAAUUUGUUGCUUUACAAUGACUCGACCUACAGCCAGCAGCUCCUCAUUCCAAGUACAGGUUUACCUUUGAAAACCAAAAUAUAUGCAGCUGUGAGAGCAACCAACCUUGAUGGCAGGUGGAAUGUUUUGAUGGACUACUGUUACACUACACCAUCUGGUAAUCCGAGUGAUGAUCUUCGAUAUGAUCUUUUUUUCAGCUGUGACAAGGACCCUCAGACAACUAUCAUUGAAAAUGGCAAGAGCCAAAUGGGGCGAUUUUCAUUUGAGGUAUUCCGCUUUGUGAAGCACAAGAACCAGAAGAUGUCUACGGUCUUCCUCCACUGCGUGACAAAGCUGUGCAGAGCAGAUGACUGUCCCUUUCUUGUGCCAAUUUGCAGUCACAGAGAAAGAAGAGAUGCUGGUAGCAGAACAACUUGGAGGCCUCAGAGCACCUCUGGCAAUGCUGUGAUCACUGCUGGCCCCAUCAUUACGAGGAGUGAUGAGACACCAACCAACAACUCUCAGCUUGGAACUCAAUACGGACCUCCUUUCCAGCUGAAUUCAGUCACCAGUGCACUGAUUUCAGGCGUGGUCAUCCUCGGAAUCACAAGUGUUUUCUUUUUUGUGUGUUCCCUAACUCUUCUGCACAGAAAUUGGCCCAACAACUCAGUCUUGAGUGGCAUCCGAAACCCAGUUUUUAACUGAAAGUGAUUUACUUGCACUUUUUGUUUGAGGUUGCCUUUCUUGUCCAUGAAAUAUGCUUCCACUAAA